AGCACUACCGGCCUCUGCUCUUUCUUCCCCUGUCUGACGGCCAGACGGAGUUGGCGGCGCGAAUCCAUGGCGCUCCUCUUCUUUGACCUAAGCCUCCUCCCUUCCCCCAACUGCAACUCCCGCCUUCUCGCCGCCGCACGAGCCCUCGAGCUAGGCUACGCUGCCGUCGCCCUCGACCACCCCCACCGCGGCCUACUCGCCGACGCCGACCGGUGCCACACCGCUCCCUUCCCCGCCUUGUCUUCCCUCCCGCUCCCCCCCUCCGCCUCCCUCCACCGUUCCCGCAAUGGAUCCCCUACCACCGAGCCCUUCCGCCAGUACACGCGCAUCACCCUCUCCCUCGACUCCGCUGCAGCCGCCGCGUCCGCGCUUGCCCCCUCCGCCGCCCGCCUCCUCCGCACAUACGACAUCGUCGCGGCGCGCCCUCUCACCCAGGCCGCGCUCGACCACCUCUGCCAGUCUGCCACAGAGAUUGAUGUCAUCUCCAUCGACUUUUCUCACAAACUGCCAUUCCGUCUCAAGCUCCCAACCAUCAAGCUUGCACUACAGAGGGGGAUACACUUUGAGAUUGCAUACUCUCCCCUCAUCGAUGAUGUCAAUUCAAGGAGACAAGUCCUAGCCGAAGCCAAGCUGUUGGUGGACUGGACUAAAGGAAAGAAUCUCAUCAUUUCAAGUGCUGCUCAUAAUGCUAAUGAAAUUAGAGGCCCCUAUGAUGUCAUAAAUUUAUGUGCAUAUUUGCUUGGUCUUUCUAUGGAGCGAGCCAAAGCUGCUAUGUCGGUAAACUGCAGGUUGCUUAUUUCCAAGGCUACAAGGAAGAAACAUUUCUACAAAGAGACAAUUAGAAUCGAUAGACUCUUACCAAAUGAACAACUAAAUUCAACAAAGUAUAAGGUUGGUGACUGGAUUGGUUUGGAUCCUAUGUCUUUUAAAGGUGAUCCACAAACUUUGGAAACAAAUCUGGAACCUUCUCCCAACAAAGAUGAACUACCUGUUUCACACAUGAAUUUUCGCACCAAAGUGUUGUGUCAAAAACGUCAUGAUGCUGAUAUGUCUAUCUUUGCCGACCAGUUAGAGCAGUCUACUGAUGAUAGUGAAAUUCCAGUUGAAACUCAAGAGGAAACCUUACAGGCUAACAGGGGAGAAGCUCACAGUGAUGCUGUUCACACCAUCAUGGCUAACCCUGAAAACAAUGAAAUUGUUAUGGCUGGCAGCAUGCAGGCUUGUGCUGCCUCUUCUGUAGACCAGAAAUGCAUUGAGGAGCAAUUUGAAUUUGUUGAGAACGCAAUGGAAUUAGAUGCUACAGAAUUGUGCACAUUAAACCUCAUUUCAGGUGACAGUACUCCUGUAUCCUCCGUUGUUAAGUUACCAUGUUCUUCUCUUCCCCAGAGUAUGGAGCUUUUUGACACUAGUCUUGAGAACAAGGGUCCUGACCAACCCAGUGAAAUCGUAGAUCAUACUAAUACUUGUGCAAAUCAUGGGUCUAUCCGCACAUCUGGUCAGAGGGAGGUACAGGCACCUCUGGAUCAUGAAAUUGUUUCAUGUUCUGAUGUUUGCCUCGAGAGUAAGUGCAUGGACAAACCUGAUGAUGUUCCAGUUGACUCGAAGACUCACAGAGAUGCUGCGGAAACAUUGGGGUGCUCAACUGGUGGGCAAGAUGAUGGGACUCCAUUAAAUCUUACAGAUCAGUUGAGUACUGAUUUAUGCAAAGACAUUGUACUGCCAGCUCAUCAAGUAGAGCAAAAUAUGGAUGAAGACAUGGAAAAUACUGAGAGUUAUAAGGUGGAACCGGUUUACAGAAAUGCAAUAAGAAUGGUUUCAGUGGAAAAUACUCUCAGCGGCCAAGAGAUCAGUUCAGCUGCUGUUGUUUAUGAUAAGGAGUCAAGUGACGGAACUUGGGCAAAUAAUGAAAUGGAAGAACAAAAUUUAAAGAAACGCGAUGCUUCUUUAGAGAAAGAUGUUGCUAAAAUAGAUGAGGGGCCACUAAAUUAUGAUUAUGCUGAUGAUAAGGUGGAUAUAUCUACAGCUAGAUCAGGAAAGCGAAGACAAAAAAUAUUGUUGCGCGGCCCCUCGUAUAUUCCUUUCUUGGGCUUUCUUAAGCCCGUGCCUUUCAAGAAGAAAGUAUGCAAAGUUGUAUCUAGAAGAAAAUCAUAACAACUGUUGGGAGUAUACAAUUCAAGCAUUUUGCUGCAUACCAAAGGCAAACGGAUCUAUUUGCAAUGUGAUAUCCUGGUGCGCUUUGACUUUAUCUUGUCGGUUGGCUAAGGCCACUUGAAGGUUGACUAGCUCGUGUUGUCAGGCUCUUGAGUGGGGUACUGUAGGCAUUCAUUAGAGGAUGUACCAUUAUAGGAGAAGGGAGUCUUGCAAUUGGUUGUGGACACUUCCAAUGAUCUUACCAACCAAUAGCCAACUGAAAACAGCGUCCUGCAUCUGUAGCAUCAAACUUCUGUCAACUAGAUGCUUGAAACACAGAUCCUUGUGGGGGUCUAUCUUGUAGCUUGGAAUUUUCAAAGGGGUUAUGAUUCUUCUCCACUGAAAUCUCGAGAGAUUCACUUUUGAAGGUAAUGAUAGUAGUGGCGCAGAUUUUUUGA